GCACCGCUUUCACAUGCUGCGGUUGAUAAACCAAGUACAAGAAUGAGUGGAUGGCAGGAAAUGUAGCUUGGUGAGAUAGGCUAGUUGACGUUUCAACCAGCCAGAGACGCUGAUUGCGGCUGUAACAAGGAGCUGAGGGGUUUAUAAUAGGCCUAAUGUUACAGAUCAAUCUCACUGCGCAGUUAGAAAGAGGGAGUUUUUCCAGCUGAAGUUUAAAGACAGAUAAAGCGGACGUAGGCUAGGCUACACAAUAUAAUUAUAGGCACAAUGUAGCAUGCACACUCUUGCACACUAUUGCUUAUUUUUCGCUAGGUGGCGAUAACAUACCGAUUGUUGGUAGCCUGACGGAGGAAGAAGACUUAACAGGAAGUGAUUUGCUGUUUUGGCGUCUCCUGCCUACAUGCGUCUAUGGUCUAUGAGUGUGUCAAUAGUUUGCUCCAGUGAGUGAGCCUGGUGGUAGGCUAUGGCUGGAAAUAUCAAGGACAAGGAAGCUUUUCAGAGACUGAAUUUCCUAUACCAAGCUGCACAUUGCGUAUUGAGCCAGAGUCCAGAAAACACAGAACUCGCUCGUUUCUACUGUUUCACCCAGAAAACCAUCGCACGUCGGCUGGUUCUUCGACAGGAUCCUUCCGUGAAGAGAACCAUUUGUAAGAGAUGCUGUGGGUUAUUGGUUCCUGGGGUGACGGGAACACUCAGGCAGAGAAAGCGGAGAGGGAAGAGGAGUGUGACCGUGCUGCGGUGUCUGAGCUGCGGACAGACAAAAAAGUUGCUGAACAACCCCGACCAUCGCCUGUGGGUGGACCAGCCAGAGGCUCAGCUGGAGAAUCAGCCACAGCAGGAGGAGCCCUCCAGCCAGAAGAAGGAAGCUUCAGUUGCUGGGCCGUCCCAGAGCACAACCUCUGACCCCUCCAAAGGGAAAGCCCUGACACAACCGUGACCCUGGAUACCCGAGGGACAGGUCUCUGUAAACCCAGCUGACCUUGCGGACUGAUAUUUAACGCCUGGGUGAUGCUGGCUGGACCAUAGCAGUUGUUCAGCCUGUCGUCGCAGAGAGCAGCGUUGAAGGACAGAAGCUGUCUUCCUGUUUUCUGAAGUUAUCGGUCUGUGAGCCUCUGGAUCGCCAAGAGCUGAAUUUUGAAUGGGGUCUUAUUAUGGGAUAGUGGAAGAUCCAUGGCUGCUGAUUAAUCCGUGUGUAGUUUACUCUGGUGUCUGUCCUGUGACAGGCCAGCGAUGACACCAGAGGUGCUGAUGCACUGUAAUGUAAAUAAACACACAUUUGGUUGUUGUUUUUUAAUCUGUACAGGAUUAUAGUUUGGUUAUUACACUAUUUAUAAUUUGCAUUUUCUUUUGCUGGUUUUACUAAGAAUUCAUAAACAAUGAUUUUGCUUUCACAUGGUUAUAAGACACUUAUAUGUGAAUUUUGACCAGAUGGACACUAUUUGAUGUUUUCUCUUACAGUGGAGAAUAAAGUUUAAAAAAAGGAAAACUGUA